AUGAACCCUUUCAACACCACCUCCGCGUUCGCUGCGGACCGCCGCCAUGGAUCCGCCCAAGCCUGCCGCGUGACUGUCACUCUCCCUGUCCGCGGCAUCAUAGUCGACCGCGCCGAACUUGCGCGCUGGAGCGCCGCCGGCUACGCCGUGUCGUGGAUCAUGCCGGGCGGCACUCCUAUGGUUGACUAUCCAGUGAUGGACCACUACGUCUUCGGCCGCACGCCGGCUACCGUCUGCGUUCCUCCUUUUACUCCUCCUCCGCCGAUGUGGCCGCCUGCGCCGCACUUUGACCCAAGGGCUUUCGCUGUCGCAAUUCCUCCAAGGCCUCUACCUUCGCCGCCUUCGGCCAGACCGGCUCCGCCGCCAUCCUGCCCCCAUACACCGCAGCCCACUUCGGAACCUCGUUCAUCACCGAGCUUCGGCAGUCGCAGUGGCAUGACUCCAUCUCCGCCACCCCUCUGCAUCGCCGUCGAUGGCGACUUGGGCGCUGGUAUUGAGCCGCCGGCGGGUGUCGAGUCGCCGAAGGGUGUCAAGUCGAAGCAAGGUGCUGAGUUGGAGGAUCUUAUCCAGCUUGUGGAGGAUGUCAAUCUUGAGGAUAUUGAGCUAGAGAAGAAUAUCGAGCUGGAAGAGGCUAUUGAGUCGGAAGAGGAUAUCGACUCGGAAACUAUCGGGCCAGAUGAGGAUAUUGAGUCCGAUACUAACUUCAAGCUGGAGGAAACCGAUGAGGACGCCAGCGAUGUCUACGUCGUCAGCGCCGAUACGUAUGAUGAUCGCACAGAAAGACAUAAUUCCGAAGAGAAGGAAGAGAAAGCUGAAGAUAAGGUCGAGGAGCAGCUGAGCGGGUAUGAUGAGUACAUCCCGUCCACGCCGCCGCAGCGAACGUGGUCGGCUGGGCCGGCGGCGGCGCGCGAGGUGGCCAUGGAGCCAUGUCGCCGUUGGUCUGCCCCGCGGCUUCCUGCGUUUGCGGUGGGCGGCAGCAGCUGCGGUUCCAGCGAUGAUGAUAUUGUCGUUAUGUUCGACGAUGAUGAUGAUUUAGUACCGCUUCCGCCGCCGCCAACACCGAAAUCACCUGUAGAGGGGGAUCUGGAUGAGGUUCAUGAGCAGGAUCUUGACGCACACCUGGCUGCGGAGGAGGCUGAAGAGUAUGAGGACGUAGGGUAUGAGGAGAGCGGAGAAGAUGAAGAUGAAGCUGGCGAGAUGGGCGGUAAAGCUUACAGUGGUUACUACGGGGUCCUUGGAGCCGAGGAGCCGAAAGUGAAGGAAGGAGCGGACAAACAGGAGAGCUCUCAACACACGAUGAGUGAAGAAGACGAUGAACAGAUGAAAGUGGAGCAGGAGGAACAGCAUGGGAGGGGUUUUGAGCUAGGCAAACAUGUUAAGGACAAGAAACGUGUGGGACGGAAGCCGAAGCUCAAACUUCAAGAGGCCACCCAAAAGAACAAGGGCGGCUACUCCCAUACCUGGUCUUCCCUGGCUCCGGAUUCACGGACAUUUGCGCUGCCUCGCGCGUCAGACGUUUUGAAGCAACACGAAGAGACAUCGCGACCGCCGCCUCACGCCAGUUCUGGGCACUCAGUUGACACCAACAGUAGCGAUUCCGACUCGGACAUCCACGUCUUUGGCAUCGAUGGAGAGAAGAUAGUCGACCUCAGUGGCAUGCCAAAGGAGUUCAGCCUCGCAGAGUUGGUAUGGCGCAAGCGCAUUUUGGAAGCCAAAGCGGAUAACAAAGACGCACAAGACCUAGUGAAGACUAAGAGAGCGAACAAGCAGGAUGCGGCAGAGAAGUCAAGCAGGACGCAAAAGAGGGCACGCAAGAGGAAAGAGAAAAAGGCGGAGAAGAAAGCCGACGCGAAGGGAGUGGGUGAGGCAUCAUCCAACGCCGCACCGAGCAAUGAGAUGACCAGACCUACGCCGGAAGAGCCGACCCAAGAAAGACAGCAGAAGCCCCGAGUUCAUCGACAAGCUCAGCCUGCUCAGCGUGUAGGCGGGAGGAGGAUGAACAACAAGCGCUCUCGUCCCCAGCCAAAGCCACACGAAGAGAAAGACCACGGUGACAGGGAGAGGCAACCUGACGAGCUCAGUGAGCUUAGGGAGGUCACGCAUGGGCUGAUAGCUGAUGGCAUCAGGAACGCGUCAGCCGAGAAUGGUGUGCCGCUCGUGAAUUCGAGAAGCUACUUCGCGGCCGAUCGGCUGGGCGAUCCAGAAGGUGCAGGAUGUAUUCCAGAUCCAGAGGACGAAGCGGAUCCAGUCGGCGGACGGUAUCGCGACGAUGAAGAACAGUCGGUGUUUGACGAAGCUCGCAGAAGGGCGUGA